GCGACAGACGAAUAGUUACUUUCUGCUGUAAGCCCGGUCCAUCCAGUCAUGUAUCUCACUACGCUUGGUUUGUGUGUGUUGUUGUUCAAUUUUUUAGAUGUGGAUGCGGCAACUGGGCCACAGUUGCGAAAUGUUAUCAAUAACAAAAACAAGUUAUGGGAACGCGAGAUGAUGGUAUACCAGAUCAGCAGUCUUAUCGAUGACUCCCAGAAGACCGUGAUCGAGGAGUCGAUGCGGGAGUUUGAACAUAACGUCAGUACAGGUUAUCGUAACUGCAUCACUUUCCAGAAAAAGGAAGGAGCCUUUCGUGACCGCACCGAUUAUGUGUUUAUAACAUUGGCGACCAAUAGGUCAGUUGUUUUCAUGACAUAG